GUCGGAGGAGCUCCGCUGUUUCCUGUGCUGUAGCUCCAGUUGCGGCGGCGCCUGUGGCAGCCCUGGCGGACGCAGGAGCGAUGGCAGCGACCGAUAUAGCUCGCCAGGUGGGUGAAGGUUGCCGAACUGUCCCCCUGGCUGGACAUGUGGGGUUUGACAGCUUGCCCGACCAGCUGGUGAAUAAGUCAGUCAGCCAGGGCUUCUGCUUCAACAUCCUGUGCGUGGGAGAGACAGGUUUGGGCAAGUCCACCCUCAUGGACACCCUGUUCAACACCAAGUUCGAGGGGGAGCCAGCCACCCACACACAGCCAGGUGUCCAGCUCCGGUCCAAUACAUAUGACCUUCAAGAAAGCAACGUGGGGCUAAAGCUCACAAUUGUUAGCACAGUGGGCUUUGGGGACCAGAUCAACAAGGAGGACAGCUACAAGCCCAUCGUGGAAUUCAUCGACGCCCAAUUUGAGGCCUACCUGCAGGAGGAGCUGAAGAUCCGCAGGGUACUGCACACUUACCAUGACUCCCGCAUCCACGCCUGCUUGUACUUCAUCGCCCCCACGGGUCAUUCCUUGAAGUCUCUGGACCUAGUGACGAUGAAGAAGCUGGACAGUAAGGUGAACAUCAUCCCCAUCAUUGCCAAAUCAGAUGCCAUUUCUAAGAGUGAGCUAACAAAGUUCAAAAUCAAAAUCACCAGUGAGCUUGUCAGCAACGGAGUCCAGAUCUACCAGUUCCCUACAGAUGAUGAGUCGGUGGCAGAGAUCAAUGGAACCAUGAACGCCCACCUGCCGUUUGCUGUCAUUGGCAGCACAGAAGAACUGAAGAUAGGCAACAAGAUGAUGAAGGCGCGGCAGUAUCCCUGGGGCACGGUGCAGGUUGAAAACGAAGCCCACUGCGACUUUGUGAAGCUGCGGGAGAUGCUCAUCCGGGUGAACAUGGAGGAUCUGCGGGAGCAGACCCACAGCCGCCACUACGAGCUGUAUCGCCGCUGCAAGCUGGAGGAGAUGGGCUUCAAGGACACCGAUCCCGACAGCAAACCCUUCAGUUUACAGGAGACGUAUGAGGCCAAAAGGAAUGAGUUCCUAGGGGAGCUCCAGAAAAAAGAAGAGGAAAUGAGACAGAUGUUCGUCCAGAGAGUCAAAGAGAAAGAAGCUGAACUUAAAGAGGCAGAGAAAGAGCUACAUGAGAAGUUUGACCGUCUGAAGAAACUACACCAGGAUGAGAAGAAGAAGCUGGAGGAUAAGAAGAAAUCCCUGGAUGACGAAGUGAACGCUUUCAAACAGAGAAAGACGGCAGCUGAGCUGCUCCAGUCCCAGGGCUCCCAGGCUGGCGGCUCACAGACCCUGAAAAGAGACAAAGAGAAGAAAAAUAAUCCAUGGCUGUGUACUGAAUAGUAUUUCCCGCUACAGCUGGACUGGACUCCAUUUAGCCUUUUCAGCCAAGGUUCCUAUUGUAACUGACAGCUUUCUUUGGGGCACCAGGCAGCUGGGUCCCCUGCCCCUGCCAUGUACUUCCACUUCAAGCCCCACCUCUUCUUUUGAUUUCUGCCUCACAGUCCCACUGGCACUGACCAUGACCUUCUUCUUUUUUAUUUUUGAGUUUUUUUUUUCAGUCACUUUCUUUUGAGACACAAUCAAACAAGGCUGUGCCAAAUUUUCAGGCCUUUUUGAAGUAUUGAGAAUGGGGAGGGGGUUCUCUCGUCAAUAAUAGAUAAUAACAGGAAGCAAAAAGUAGGGGAAAAAAGCAAACGAACGCACAUACUUUAUCUUUUCUUAUUGGCAAAGCAAGAGUGCAGUUUUGAUAUGUAUUGUUUGGUGAGUCACUGAUUGGUGAGUGGCCAGAAGCAAGUAUGAAGGCGGUGCUGCCAAUGCGUACGCUAGUGUCUUGAGAAAAUCCAAGUCACACAGUGGAGCAUUUGAGGAGAUCCUAUGCUCGGAGAUGUAGAAAACAAAAAAGCUUGGAUACUCAGCCAGUAGCUCAGGGAGAUGCUAAGUUAGGGCUGUCAUGUCUCCUUGGGAAAGGCUUCUUUGCAGCUUUGACGUUUCUGUGACCAGUUUCACAGCUGCUUCCCAAGAAUCCCAACCUUAAACAACUAACCGGUCUCCAUUCCCUGGGGUAAUUAUUUGCAUUACAAAUAGGAGGCCCCCUCAUUUGCAUUUGUUUACAGAUUAACUACUUGAGGCUUGAGGAGCUCUGAAAACUUCAAAAGGUAUUAGAGCCACGCAGCCUUUGAGAAACCUUCAGAGACUAGGCAGGAAUUUCGUAUGAAGGGAGACCUUUGGGUCCAGAAGAUAGAUAGGACCCACUUUUUUUGUAAGAGGAAAUUGAGGCCCAGAGAAAUGAAGGGACUUGCCUGAGUCCCCAGUGUUGUUUCGUGCAGAAGCCAGGCUAAAUUCAGUGUCUCCUGAGUCCCGAUGCAUUUCAUUGAAAUGGAUUCAAUCUGUUCAUGUAUGUUCCUGGAGACAAGUCUUUUGAUGUUCAGGAGAAAAUCAAUAGUUAGUAUUAGAGAGCCUUUGAGGGUUUUAUCCCGUAGAAAAAUAUUUGAGGAUGGGGUGGGCAGGGAUGGGCAAAGCAGAGGACUCUAGGCCAGCUUCUGACAAUAGGAGUCACAGGCACCUGUUGGGUGCUCAGCUUUCAUGGGAGUCUGGAAUGCGGCAUGUGGAUGCAGAUGUUUAACAGGUGCCCUAGAUGAUCCUUGUCAUCAAGGAAGUAUGGUAAACAAAAAUCUCCCCUGUGAGUGAGUACGAGACUUUUGGAAAAUCAAUCAAGGCUAUUAAAAGAAUUAAAAUGCUUAUUUUAUUGGGUGGCUUGUCUCACUGUAGACAGAAAGCUUUUCUUCCGUCUUCAGUGAAAAGACUUUAAUGAGUACAAUUGUUACUAUUUUUAAAAUAUACCCGAAGUACUCUGUUUACUUCUGGUGAAACAAAACCAGUCAUUACAAAUGGUCUGUGUCCUGGCCCACCACCCCCUCUCACCCCAGAUUGGAAUGGAAUGGUUUUCCUGAAAAAUCCGCACGUGUAUACACACACACACACACACACACACACACACCUCGUUUCUCUUAUGUCAAGAAGUUUGCUUUUCCUAGUUGCAGUACAGAUCACUUUUGUUUUUGUUUAUGUUUUUUGUUUUAAUCAUUUGGCAUUCACAUGUGGCUGUUAAUAUGUGCUUGCUUUGUUUUGUUUUUAUUAAAACAAGAAGCUUUAAACUAGUGUGUGGUGUUCUUCAACCUUCUCAGCAGAUUUCCCGGUGGUGAUGGUCCAUCAGUGACCCCAUUUCUCACCUGUCUCCUCCAAGUAUAAUCUGUGCUACCUCACACUGCCCACUUCCCUCACCCUGUCUUACUUUGAAUGUCCUUUUUCUUUGGCUAAUUUCAUGUUUUCUUUCUCUUUCUCUCUCCCUCUCCAGCUUUUUUUAAUCUUGUCUUCAGCAGCUGCACUAAGUCUAAAGGAGAAGACUGCCAUUAUAGAAGAGUUAGG